UCGUCCAAUGUUUCGUCUUUGCGCCUGGCUACGUCUGGCGAGUAGAAACAAUCGAAAUCCGUGGAGAGCGAGUCAGGGGGGUCAGGGCAGUGCCGUUCGGUAGGUAUAUACAGUGCGAUCAGAAGAAAGUCGUUGGCAGGUCUGUAGGACCUAGAGGACUGUAGGUAGACACGUCGUGCCGAGACCUGAUAGACGCGUGACAGCUGACGCAUUCACGGCACGCCCACUGUAACGGUACGAUAUGGAUGACAUGCUAUUUCAGUUGCGAUUCAGCUGCAAACAGCUCGAACGACUCUCCAAAAAGGCUGAGAAAGAUGAGCGAUUGCAGAAAGCAAAAAUCAAGAAGGCCUUGCAACAGGGCAACGUCGAAGGUGCACGAAUCUAUGCUGAGAACGCCAUCCGCAAGAAGAACGAAAGCAUCAAUUACCUGCGCAUGGCUUCUAAAGUGGACGCUGUGAGCUCCAAGAUCAAGAGUGCCAUAGCUAUGAAGCAGGUCACCAAAAACAUGGGUGGUGUGGUAAAAGCGCUUGACAAGGCCAUCAACUCAAUGGACUUGCAGAAGGUAUCAGCCGUCAUGGAGAAGUUUGAGCAGCAGUUUGAGGAUCUGGAUGUGCGGAGCUCAGUGUUGGAAGACGCCAUGGGCACAGCCACAACCACAACUGCACCUGCAGCCCAGGUAGACCAGCUGAUCCAGCAGGUUGCUGAGGAGAGUGGCCUCGAAAUGAUAGACCAGCUCAACCAGGCAGGUGUAACACCAGCUGAUACCAUUGCUGCUUCCACAGGCCGCUCAAAGGCCGCUGAGGAUGCCCUCACCAAGCGCCUCGCAGCUCUGCGUGACUGAUGGCCACUGCAGUUGUGGUUGCUGUGGCCACCUAGAAUGCUCUCAGUGGGGCAAGGUGGAGAGAUUCAGGUUGUCCAGUGAUUCUGUCCUACGUGCUGUGUUUUGUGCUGUGUAGCAAGCCUGCUAUUCUACUGUAUGGCCACCAAUGCCACAUUUUAUAAGUGCACAAAACAGAAGAGCAUAUUACAGCAAUUUAUGAUUUCAAAGUGUCCUGACUAUUUUUGUCGUACUGCUUAUCUUCACUCCUGUCUUCUGGCCCAUUUGACUUGUACUAGGUUUACUUUGCUAGCAGAGGCACUCUCAGCACAUGCUUUACAGUUUUUCUCAUUGCUAUGUCAAUACUUUUAAAGUCCUUCAUAAGCAAUGACUCAAGAAGUUUAUUUUGCAUGAGAGAUGUUAUGUUGGGUUUUUAGAAAAUUACUAGUUGUGGCUCUCAAGUGAUUGCUGCUGUUAGCUGUCUUUGAUGUGGCAUGAGCUUGCUACAUAGCAGUGUCCACUUUAUUGAUAGUGCUUACUGAAUUCAGCAUAUGUUUAUUGCAUCUGUGUACUGCUCUUCAAUGUCUGGAUCACUUCCUUGGUCGAGGCAGAGAGUUCACUGCACUAAACUACACAAGCUGACAGCACAGCAAGGUGAACUGCAGUCACAAAUGACAGCCAUGACACUGUAUUUGUUGACCAGUGAGAACGUUAGACUGAGGGGGGGGGGGGGGGUACAUCAAGCCUCUUUAGGUGUACUUGGCAAUCUAGUACUGGGGAGAAUAAGCUAAAGAGAGUGUAUGUUGUCACAAAUUUUUUUAGAAGGGCAGCCUUAUUAUGAUACACUGUAUUUGAAAACACACUUGUGACAUACUUUGUUUUUCCUUUGUGUGUGUGUGCAUAUUUGUGUCAUAUUGUUACGGUGGAUUCGGACAGGGCCGUGCGUGCAAGAGAGAGACGAAGAAGAAGUGGUAGACUGUCUCCUAGAGCUGUGACCUUUGUACCAGCCUGCGCUUUUUAAUAACGGGGCUCCUCAAUCCUGGAUCUGGCAUUAAUACUAGCCAUCCUAGCAUGCUCGUCGGGCUCUGAUUCUGCGGGGUUAUACUGGUUGGCCCAUUGUGGAAUGUGUGUGUACUUUUCACUUGGGCAGCUUUAAAACAUUGUGUCACAUCCUGCUUGGUCAUUCACUCAAAGGGAUCGGAGUGGCCAUGCCUGAAACAUUAUCAGCUUCAACUACAGGUGUGUCGUGGCUCUCUGGGGGUUCCUGGUUUACCUCCGUUUUAAUGCACUCACCUAAUUUUGAGCGCUCCCGCUUCACUUCCUGUCUUGAUCGGUUAAUUUGUUUCUGGCUGUUCUUGCAUCACCUCCUCUUUAAUGGGUUCGCCUAUUUCUGGGCCUUCCCACUUUAUCUCCUUGAUGAGUGUUUCUAUUCCUAGGGACGAUUCUGGAUCAUCGUCAGGGUGGGAAUCGGAAUUUCAUGGCUGUUGUGCAGCUGUGACAAUUCUCACGGUGUCCUUGUCCCUCAAGAUCUGCAUGGGCUCGUGCAGCGGCAGCAACGUGUCAUUGAGGUAGAGCUCGCUUUUCUUGGGAACGCCGUAUUUUGUUCGUAUCAACUUUGCGAACUGCCUGAUCGUCGUCGUCGCGGCUUUGUCGAUAAUGAUGCACACCAAAUUGUGUAGGCCGCGACGCGGAAUCGCGCUCUGCAGGUCCAACUUCACUCUGACAACGGAUCUACUCUCCGCCAUGUUUCAAUAGUUCAUCUCUCUCUUGCGCGCACGGUCCUGUCUCAAUGCACCGUAACAAUAUUUUCAUGUUUUCUUGGUGUGGAGUCAAUGCAAGAUUAACGUUUCAUUUUCUAUCUACAAGCACUGUUUUUAGUGUGUGUUGAUGGAAACUGUAUACCCAUUGCUAAGUGUACAUAUGACUAGUAUGGUACUACAAUAGCCCGGUGAAUGCAAAAUAGAAAAAGGUUUGACACUUGUAGUGGAAGACGUAACAGUGUGAUCAUAUUAGUACUGUUAACUGCUGCAGAGAUGAUGUCCACAGAUAAGGGCUGUGGCAGUAACAUCGGGUAGCGGUUUCACCUAUUGUUGCCGAUGGGCACUGUUUCUUUGCUCCAUACUUUUGCUUGAUAGCAUGCCUUUUACAGAAUGGGUGCCACUGAAAUCGGAGGCUAUUGUAUUAUGGCCCAUGAGACUAAUUCUUUUUGUGGUAAAAAUAUGUUUCUUUGUAAUGUAGUGCUACUAUGAGGUGUACUUACAACAUGCAUUUUGUAUGGGCAUUCUGUGUGGUUUUAGGUGUUAGCACUAUUUUUUAUAUAGAACACGUUUCCUUUUUCUUGAACUUUAAUUCCGUAAACUGCCACAGCAUUAUAGCUGUUCAAACAUUAACAAAGGAUAGGAGUAGUCUCAAGAUGGUAAUAAUAAGUUGAACGGUACUUGCAGAAUGACAUGCGACAGGAAAACUAGGAAGUUGAACACUCCAUAUGUGCAAUUACUGAAAAGUGUGAUGCCAUGCCACUUUGAAUCUUGUCACUACUGGCGAUGUGAGCUCUGAUCUAAGUGUAUGAGCCAAAAUUACACCAAUGUCACACGAACUGGAGAUGGUGGGAAUGAAAGCAUAGACAUUAGUUGGCCCUAAAUUGGCACGUUUCAUUACGUGAGUAUAGCACUAGAUUUAAUGUGUCAAUGAUAAAUGAUUAGGAUGUAUUAGGGGACGUGCGAAGUAGUUUUCAAACCUGUACUAACACAGCAGUUGAUGUGAAUGUUACAGCCACCAAACAAUUGGGCGUUUGUGUGGUAUUUUCUGAAACUUCACAAGAUUUCCUUUUAAUGUGGAAAGAAUUGUGUGUGGUGCAGACACUUGAAUUUGAUGCUUCCUAUGAUUAUGUAUAAUUUUCUUGUACGAAAGCAGCACAAAAAUGUUAGAUAAAAGUUUGGAAAUUCUUUUUAGUAAAUUAAAUAAGUAGAACAAGAAAAUACGCUGAUAGCAAGGUGGCUCCGGACAGUGCUGUAUUAGUUUGAAUGUUAUGUAAUACGCCAUGUUUUCUGGUGCACUUCUUUUUCUCCAUAAAACUUGGCUCAUGUUAUGUGGAACACCCUCACACAAAAGGCAUAAAGCAGUUGUAGCUUCCAUAAACUUUUGACUGGCCAUAUUAGCAACACUUUUCUUUAGACAGUGUCACACCAUGUCUGUACCACUGCACACAGGACAUAGAAGGUUCCCAAACAUUUCAAGCAUGUUACUUGUUUAAGCAUUGCAUGGCACUGGAACAAAAAUGGGAAGCAUGUUUGGUGAAUUUAAUGUAACAAUGCAAGAUACACCUUAGCACAUUUUACAAUCUGUCUUUCACUUAGUGUGAUCCGCAGUUUAUUGGUUUUAGCCUCCAAAAGUUAUUCUUAGAAGCACUAAUUGGAGGGCUGCACAUUAGCUUCUACCAUGCGAGGGCAUUCUUUAUCGGGCACCAAAAACUCAGUACACAGGCAUUUUUAUGUUUUGCCUCCAUUAGAAUGCUUCAAACAAACCUGGGAAUUGAAUCCACAGCUUUGUGUAAAGCAGCAAAUUACCAUAGCCACUGAGCCAUCAUGGUAGUGUUUUUGCCCCCCCUUUUUUUUAUCGUGGUCUAGCAGAUAUUGCGUUGAGAAAGUGAACUUGAAUAAAUUAUCUUCAUAUACAGACUGUUACAGUACCCCUGUCCACAUAAGAGUUUAAUUGAGCAAAGUCUUCGUUUCAAUGUGUGACAACAGUUUUAUACAGCAAAUCAACAUGUAUCACAUCUCCAGGCAGCAUAAAAUGUACACACAAGCAUCAGCAAACAAACAAAUUAUUUAGGUGCAUGCCAAACUUGUCUAACAUUUGUACAAAGUGAAUGUAGGGUUUCCAUUGCUGAUACCCCUGAACACUGUAGUUACUAUGGAAUGCAGCGAGCAUUAAAAUUUGUGCUUGGCUUUAAGCCUAUGAUGAGUUUUAUGUCGCUUUGUUGUAGGUAGGUACAGUGUACCUGCCCCAUUUGUCUUAUCAGAGCUUUAUAUGAUGCUUAUGCUGUACAUACUGUAAUUAAAAGAUUUUAU